CUUGUGCAAAUCUCAGUAUUUUCUCCAUUUACAAACAUCACGUGAAUCAAAGAGGUGGAGCCAAAAUUGAAAAACCAUGUUUCGCGCCAGAGCCACUCGCUGGGUCCGAAUCCGAUUCAGGCUCACACAGACCAAACCCUUUUGCAGCGACACCACAAAGCAUAACAAUGCUGAAAAGAUUGAAUCAAAUUUAAGCCGUUACCAGGACGCCUACAAACAACUUGAGAAUCUAGAUUUCAUGACUGCCGCUAAAAUGCUUUUCACUGAACCUCCCAAGAAAAGGAAAUUCGGGAUUGAUUUCCAUCUGGUACAACUCUUCUUUGCCUGCAUGCCUUCAUUGGCUGUAUAUCUGGUGGCUCAAUAUGCUCGCUAUGAAAUGAGAAGGAUGGAAGCAGAACUGGAGCAGAAAAAAGAACAAGAGGAAAAGAAGAAGCGAGAGGAAGAAGAGAAAGCAAAGGAGUUGGAAUUAAAGGAGGCUGAAGAAAAAGCAAAAUCAAAUCCAGAGCUAUUGGAAGUGAAAAGAAGACUAGGUAAACUAGAGGAGGCUGUAAAAGAAAUUGUGGUUGAAUCAAAGAAACAGUCAAGUGAUAGCAUUUCAAAAGACCUGAAAGAUGGUGCUGAGAAGGAACAGCACACAAAGAGCGAACUAGGUGACCAACAAACCAGACCAGAAUCAAACAAACCAGUGGAAAAAGACCACCUGGGUAAACAGAAACCUGGUGAAUCGACACCCCACUAAUGAUGCUCCCUAUCAGGAUCAGAUGAGCAAGACCAAAAAUGGAGGGCUUUCUGAAGAUUCUAAGAGAUAAGAAAAGCCCUGUGUUCUUGAAAUAUAGCUUAUAAUCAUUAAGGCUUCACGAUCAACAAGAAAUAACUAGCCAUUAUGUGCGUGGCAUUUUUGAGCUAGUAUGAGCAACCCAAAUAGGUGAUUUAAUUGACAAUUUAUAUUAUCUGUAGAUACAUGUGUUUAUGCAUCAAUGGUUUUUGCUAAUCACUGUUGUUUCUUUUUCUCCUUGUAAAUCGUAUUAUGAUUGAAGAGAUUUUUUUUUUUUCA